CUCCUCCUCCUUGACAGUCCCCUUCCUUUUUUAAUGAAUUACAAAUGUUUCUCCUCACCACCACUCAGCAAACAGAGCUGAGACUACGUGAGGAUGAUGUUCAGUGUUUCCACCCAACAUCUCAUCUGACACUGGUCGGGAAGGUUUGAGGAUUUGACUUUCAAACACGAGGGGUUGAGAAGGAGCAGCGUGUGUCAUCUGGAAGAGUUUAACAGAAAACCACAAUGGCAACCCCUGAAGAUCUUUGGAACACUCUGCUGCAACUGAAAGGUGAUGAGUUCAAGCAGUUCAAGUGGCUCCUGAAGCAAAAUGACAUCUGUAAAGGUUUUUCAGCCAUCUCAGAGGCCAAGCUGGAAGAGGCAGACAGGCAGGACGUGGUGGAUCUGAUGGUGCAAAAAUAUAAGCUUCCUGGAGCUUUGGAGAUAACCAUGAAGAUUUUAGAAAAGAUCAGCAGGAAUGACCUGGUUCAGCAUUUGUCACACACCAGUUCAACACCAAAAGACCUCAAGAACCACGACACCGUUCCUUUUAACUGUGAUUAUGAAAGGAAGAAGGCCAAGCUGGUGGAGAUGAAGGCUGAAAUUAAGCUGAUGAUCCAGGAGAGACAGAUGAAGAUCUUGGAGAUCAAUCGCUCAGCAGAGUUCAGCAGUAAAUCUGCAGACAGUCAUAUUGAAGACAGUAUGCAGGUGUUUGCCUUUUUGCAGCAGUCUGUUGAGAGAAGUUUGGCUGAUCUCAUCGAGGCAAUUGAAGAAAAGCGCAAAAAGACACAGAAACAGGCCCAAGGAUUCAUCCGAGAGCUGGAGAAGGAAAUCUCUGUGCUGACAAAGAGAGACGCAGAGAUGGAGCAGCUCUCACGCAUUGAAGACCACCCUAACUUCCUGCAAAGCUUAUCGUCCCUGAAUGCAAUUCCAGCCACCAAGAGCUGGACAGAAGUCAGCGUCACUCCACCAUCAUAUGGGGGAAGUGUGGGCACAGCUAUGAAUCAGCUGGAGGAAGUACUCAAGAAAGAGAAGGAGAAAUUGUUUGCCAAGGCCAAGCUGAAGAGGGUCCAGCAGUAUGCAAAGGAUGUGACUCUAGAUCCUGAUACAGCAAAUUCCUACCUCAUUUUGUCUGACGAUGGGAAACAAGUUUACUGUGGUGAUGUAUCACAAAACCUUCCAGACAACCCAGAAAGAUUUAAUUCUGGUGUAAAUGUCUUAGGAAAGCAAAGUUUCUCUUCAGGAAGAUUUUACUACGAGGUGCAGGUUAAAGGAAAGACUUCCUGGGAUUUAGGUGUCGUCAGAGAGUCGAUCAACAGGAAGGGGUUGAUCACAGCAAGCCCCAAAAACGGCUACUGGACGAUAUGUUUAAGGGAAGGAGAUAAGUACAUAGCCUCUGCCGUCCAUCUCAGUGUAAAACAUCAGCCGAAGAAAGUGGGAGUGUUUGUGGAUUAUGAGAAGGGCUCAGUCUCAUUUUUUGAUGUAGAUUCUGCUGAUCUUAUCCACAGCAUUACUGACUGUUCCUUCACUGAGAAACUCUUCCCAUUCUUUAGUCCCAGUCGUCAUUAUGAUGGCAAAAACGCUACCCCUCUGAUCAUCUGUCCUGUUAAUUACACGGGUUAGAUUUGAUCAAUCAUCAGAGGGUUUCAUCAUAACCGUAGCCACAAAAAGUUACUCUGUGGCCAGCAAAUAUCCCCUGUGACCAAUGAAUUUAUCACGUCUCUUGAGAAAGAGUGUGUCUCAAAUCGUAAUUUUUUUUUCUUUUUUUUAAAAAAGCAAAUAGCAAAUGGACGGUAGAGCAUUAUCGCCAAUAUUUGACUGCAACGAUAAAGGCUUUGGGGGUGAGGGCCAAUAUCUUUGGCAGACCUGGUGAAGCCAGCGGACAUCCCAACCAAGUCUUUCUCUUCCGUGUGCUGGCCAUUAUGGCAAAUCUCUGUUAACACAUAUCGGGAUAUCAAUGCUGAUACAUUUUUAAAAAGCUAACUCCACGAUAGCUGAUCAGUUCUGAGAUUGCAUUUCGGCCAAUGUGUUCUGCCUCUGGACUGUUUACCUGCCGUUCAAAUGUCAUUGAUCAAUAAUACUUGGACUACAAACAGACUACCGAGGCACCUUAUGGAAACCAGAACACUUUCAAUACUAAAAUCUUGUUCAGUUGCCUACAGAUCCCUCCUUAGGUUACAGUUUCACAAACAUUGCGAUUCAUUUGCUCCUUUUAGAUCAACAUUCUACGAGAACAGCGAACAGUACUUGACGCCAGCUAGCCAGGACUCGAGACUAAUGGCAUCCCAUUGUCCCGCUGAUGAGAGAGGGUGCGUUUUAGUUGAACAGAAAUCUUCCCUGGAUCCAGGACAAAAGUACUUUUUGUAUAUAUGUUUAAGGCUGCUGUGAAACUGGCAACAAAAAAAGUUUGCCUUGGGUGCAUCAGUACAACAGGCAAACAAAAAAAGGACAGCAGAAGGGAUACCCUCACACAAACUGGGCUAACUAACUGGGCUGGAGAGCCACAAAAAGGUCCACAG